AAAGCCGCUUUAAAAAAAAGGAGGGGGAAGAAGAAAAAAACAAAGCACUGCACCACAGAAACCUCAGAGUCAUUUUGUAAUCCUUCGGGAGGCAGUCUCUCUUGCACUCCACCUCGCUACUGCUUACCCUGCGUGUCGCUGCACUGUGGAUAGCGAGGGCGGCUCCAUCUAUCUCAGCUUUCAUCUGGGCUCAGUGUCGCUAUGCAGCAGCUGAACUCUGGUAAGUAACUGACUCGAUGACUGACCAGAAACACAAGCAGAAGGCACCUUGGCUUCCCUGCUGCCUGUCAACAUGCACCCCAAGAGAAAAGAAGAGGUUUUCCCUUCACUCCCUUCCUCUUGCCCUCAACUAACAGAGUCCAACAGAAGAGACAAACUUACAAACCAAUGUUCACAUUUGCAGGCUUCUAGGAUCACAAAAUAUAAGAAGCUGUUACCAAGCAGGCAAAAACAAAUCUGUGACAAACAGUGCUAAACCCACUUCCCUAAGGACAGCUCCAGCGCCACGGUUGCAAACGUCAUUAGAUCUUGUUUUCCUUUCUGCUCAUCUGUACUGCAUGUAAGACCCGCCCUCUUCUAUUCCAUUGAUGUCACUGUGUGAGCCUGUAGGAACGGAAUAGUCACUAAGAGCCAGCAGACGGCGAGAAAGUGAAGACGCUUAGUUUCAACACAGCUGUCGAUCUAAUCCAGCCCUGCAGUCUGCAUUGACCGCUCAGCCUGCCGAGGUGUGCCGUCCAAGCAUGUCCACGGAGCUGGAGCUGCCCUUCCGGCUGGACACCCAGCUGACGGAGAUGAUGCGCCUGAGAGUUCAGUCCCUGCAGCAGCGAGGCCAGAAGAGGCAGGAGGGCGAGCGGCUGCUGCAGGCCAACGAGGCCGUGUACCGGCUGGACUUCUCCCAGCAGUCCCUCCGGUUCUCACACUGGACGGUGCGACUGGCCCAGGCGGGGCGACUCACCAUCACGGCCACGUCGCAGCUCUGGACGCCUGACCUCACCAACCUGAUGACCCGGCAGCUACUGGAGCCCGCCGGGGUUUUCUGGAGAGCGGUGGGAGACGCCUCCGAUGCGCCUGUCCAGUGCUACGAGGCGGACGCAGAUGAGUUUGGUGAGAGGAUCGCAGAGCUGGCAAAGGUAAGGAAGGUGAUGUACUUCCUGUUUGCCUUUGAGGAAGGCUGCAGCCCCGAGACUGUCGACGGCUCCAUCACCUUCACAGCGGACAGUUGAGACUUUGCAAACUUGGACUGAUGCUGCUUCUUCUGUGCUUGUGUGCUUACAGGUUGCAUUUGUUGCAUGAAUUGUUUCUCUUCAACCGUCCAUCAACAACUAAAUCUGUUGAGGUGUUUCUUCAUGCCUUUGUAUGUUUAGAUAUUGGGCACAAAUACAGCUUAAUAAAUCAAAUAAAUCAAUCAGAUGUAUCUGCAUUUCCUUAGCGAAUGUCAGAUUGUUCUUGUGUGUUGAACAGAAGUGUUCUCCUGCCUCUCCUCCUGUCUGACAAACAGCCAGCCCUGAAGGGUUUGGUGGAGUCGAGUCCCACAUGAGAUAAUGCAUAGAGACAGUGUGUACUUGUGUGCAUGGGUGUGAGUUUUCCCCAGCGGACGAGAGAACAGGUUCCUGCUGCCUCAUCUGUCUCCGUCUUGCAUGGUGACCCUGACAAACAAGAGAGGGGAGGCAUGUGGAUCUCCUCCUGCAGCCUCGCCCUCGCUGCUGAACGCCGCCACAGGAGAUGAAACAGUAACCAGGACUGUGAAUGAGAAGACAAUUGUCUGAAAAAGUGUGAGAGGGAAGAAAAUAACUUUCAUGUCAGGAGGAAUUAGACUUAUUUCUUGUCAGGGCAAAGCAGGGGCCUUACUUGCCACCUGAACCGUCAAACCAUCAGAGACGGAACCUCGGUUUUCUCUGAAUAAAGUCUCUUGCUGCACAUUCUCAGGAGUCUCAAUUCAAUCGAUCUCGCCCACAGUCUCGAAUGCAUGAAUAUAAAUGUUCAUUGAGUCUUUUGCUCGUGUUUCCCUGUGAACAAGAGUUAAACAAACAGAGCAAAUUAUACAUCAACCCACACCUAACAUAUCUGAACUUAAUAAUAAGGCAAUAGCCUGUCUCGCCAGAUCAAUAAUUUCGGACACUGAACACCCUCUUCAUCACAUGUUCCAGCUCCUCCCCUCUGGACGCAGAUUUCGAGCACUAAGAUGGCAUUAUGUCCGUUACAACAGAAGCUUUGUUCCAUCAGCGAUCGUCAUCCUCAAUAAGCCACCGCGCUGAACUUGAACGCUAUUUUUGUGUGUCAUAUUGUGAAUAUUGUGAAUUUUGUCCUUGUAUGUAUGUUAUGAUGUGUAACAUGACAGCUUGUGAAAACAAAUUUCCUUCGGGACAAUAAAGAGCUCUAUCUAAAAUCA